CACACAACCACAUAGCUUUACCAAUCUCUCGAUAACAAACAAGAACAUUAAAUCGAAACAAUAUGGAGAGCAAUGUCUUAUGAUGUCUUAAAGCUGUGAGCUGUCACUUUAGAUCUAGCCUAUAGGGUGUCUAUACACCCUUAAGAGCGGCCCACGGCAUCCUGGGAAGCCUGACCAUUAGUGCCUCCAGCGAGUGAGGGCUGUGCCGAGCCCAUUACAUAGGUCUCUUUGGCCAUGACCAGAAAGCCAUUAGCAGGGAGUGAAUGAAGAUCUGGCUCUAGAAGACACGAGAAGAUGUCGGCCCCACGGAAGGCUGGCAAAAACAGAGAAGCUCCAUGCUGUGUGCUCCUCUGGAAGAUCUGCCCGCACCUUUUUCUCAGCCUAUCCUUGGUCGGAUAUGCAGCCUUGGGAGCGCUGCUUUUUAAGAACAUUGAAGGUCGAAAGGAACCCAAUUCAACUGACGAAUACCACGAGUUCCUGGGGCAGAUCGUACAGAACAUCACCAACAGUAAGCAUACGCAAGAAGAUUUGGUGGUGGAACUAGAACAAAAUAUCAAAAACAGGUUCAACUCCAUCUGGCUGCAAUAUCCAGAAAGAUAUUUCUUUGGCUCCAUGUUCUUCUGCUGCACUGUCUUCACAACAGUUGGUUAUGGAGAAAUCUACCCUGUCACCCUGCUGGGUAAAGUGGUGUGUAUCCUGUAUGCCAUGGUGGGCAUCCCUCUCAUGCUUCUGGUCAUGAGCGACGUUGGUGAUGUCCUGGCUGUGCUGCUGUCCCGUGCCUACCGACGCAUCCACAAGUUGGGCAAAGCCCUCUGCUACCGCUCCUGGUCCCCCAACAAGGCCUCUAAGAAGGCGUGGGAGGAGACCCACCACACCCUGGAGGACGGCACCUUCGUGUUCAGCCAUGGCGCGGUGAUGCGCCAGCCCAUGGACAUCGGCCAGGUCCUCCAGAACCAAAAAGACCUCAAGCAGAAGCUGACGCAGCUCAACAGCAACAAGGAGAUCUUUGAAAAGAUCCUGGCCCGGGAGAACUUCCUCUGCCGGGGCCCGCUCCUGCGGAGCCUGUCCUGCCCCGAGCUGGACCGCAUGCCCAGACCGCCCAAGGACUGCGCCAUGUGGGACUUCUCGGGCAUCGGGACCAACAUGGACGGCCUGGACGUGCCCUUCGUGCUCAUCCUGCUGGUGGUGGUGACGUACAUCCUCCUCGGGGGACUGAUCCUGCCCCUGUGGGAGACAGAUUUCGAGGGCUUCGACCCGUACUACUUCUGCUUCAUCACACUCACCACCAUCGGCUUCGGCGACAUUGUGCCCAAACACCCCAAGUACUUCAUGAUCACCUCGCUGUUUAUCAUCGUCGGCAUGGCGAUCAUGUCAAUGGCCUUUAAGCUGGGCCAGACCCGCAUCGUCAGUUUCUACCACACCUGCAUCCGCUUCAUGAGCCGGGGCCAUGUGGUCACCAUGCAUGACCAGGAGAUGAUGGACCAAUCAGAAGGUUACCUUUAGUCUAAGUACUGGCAAAUGGAGUAACGUAGUGGUUCCCAGCCCUGGGGGCGGGCGGUGGGCUCAUCUGAGAUGCAUCUGGGGUCACAAGAGAGUGCCGACCUAUAAUUACAGCUGUUUGAUUAAAUAUUUGAUGAUGCAUUUCUGAUUUGAAAACAAGACGUGAAGGGUAAAUGUCCCUCAUAUGCAAACUAAGGAUUUCAAGCCAUGAGCAAGCUACUGCUAAAUACUUCACAACAUUGAUAUCAAUCACAGAUGUCGAUUGGGUUAAAAACACAUGUGGCACGGAAAUGGACACACAACGGGUCACAAUCGUUUUCUAACAUAAAAAUGGGGUCAGGGGUCAAAUAUGUUUGAAACCAUUAAUGAGGAUUUUGAGGGAGGGGGCUGUUUAAAAUAUGUCUUGAUUUGGAUUUGAUGACGACAUCUCCAAUAGCUUGAUGUGUCAUUAUGAGUUGGGACCAUAACUGCACUGUGCUUGAGGCCUUGUCUUGUGUUAAUCUUGCUGAGGCACUGGAGUUCUGUGCCAUGGUUUACCUAAGAACAAAGGUCUCCCAAGGUCCUAUUGAGUGCAAAUUUGAGACGCUGUCUGGCUUGUUUCCACUGCUGACUGACGUGUAACUAGCAUGAAGUUGAAAACCGACACACACACAAAGAACGUACACGAGCAUGUUUUUGCAUUUGCCAAAAGCUGCAUACCUGCCUGAGGUUUCCUCGAGGAUACUUGAAACAUUUGAAAUAACAUAUAUCAUAG